CCCCGGAUCAUCCAUUAAGGAACACCUGUCGUCCCGGCUUCCUUUGCGUGUCAAAGAUGGAAGAACUGGCGGUGGAGGUCCGUGGCUCCAACGGCGCUUAUUACAAGGGCUUGGUCAAAGAUAUCCACGAUGACUCUCUCACCAUUGCCUUUGAGAACAAUUGGCAGCCAGAACGCCAGGUGCCCUUCAGCGAUGUCAGAUUGCCACCACCUGCUGACGGCAAGAAGGAGAUCGGAGAAGGCGAGGAGGUGGAGAUACUCUCCAGAGCCAACGAACAGGAGCCGUGUGGAUGGUGGCUGGCCAAAGUCCGCAUGAUGAAGGGAGAUUUCUACGUGAUCGAGUACGCCGCCUGCGACGCCACCUACAACGAGAUCGUAACGUUUGAGCGCUUGCGACCGGUCAACCCCAACAAGGCCGUGACCAAGAACUCCUUUCACAAGUGCACUGUCCCUGUUCCUCAGGAUCUACAAGAAGCGUGCCAGAGCGAGAAUGCACACAAAGACUUCAAGAAAGCGGUGGGAGCCUGUCGGAUCUCCUACUGCCCAGAGACCAGUGAGCUGCUGGUUGUGUCCACCAACGAGGCGACGGUGAAGCGCGUGUCUUUGCUGAGUGACAUGCACCUGCGCAGCCUCAGGACCAAGCUGCUGCUCAUGUCACGCAACCAGGAAGCCACAAAACACCUGGAGACUUCCAGGCAGCUGGUGUCCUCCUUCCAGCAGGAGUUUACGGUGAGACCAGAUCUGAUGGGCCUGGCCAUCGGCAGCCACGGCAGCAACAUCCAGCAAGCACGCAAGCUCCCAGGCGUCACUGCCAUCGAGCUGGACGAAGAGACCGAUACUUUCAGGAUUUAUGGCGAGACGGAGGAAGCCGUGAAGAAGGCCAGAAGCUUGUUGGAGUUUGUGGAGGAUUCAGUCCAGGUGCCGAGGACUCUGGUUGGCAAAGUGAUCGGUAAAAACGGUAAGGUGAUCCAGGAGAUCGUGGACAAGUCUGGGGUGGUGAGGGUCAAAAUAGAAGGCGACAACGACAACAAGCAACCCAGACAAGAAUUGACACAGGGAAUGGUCCCGUUCACCUUUGUCGGUACGAAGGAGAGCAUCGGCAACGUUCAGGUCCUGCUGGAGUACCACAUCUCCUACCUGAAUGAGGUUGAGCAGCUUCGUCUGGAGCGGAUGCAGAUUGAUGAACAGUUGCGUCAGAUCACCCAGGGUCACCGGCCAGUCGAUCGGGAGCGGGGGGAGAGAGGAGGAGGAGGAGGAGGAGGAGGAGGACAUAACGCAGACAACAGUGCCAACACCUCCUCUGCAUCCUUGCGUGGCAGCCGCUCCUACAACAGCAGAGGGCGUGGGCGCCGAGGCCACAACUACAACCCUGCAUAUGGCGGCAACUCGGAGCAUUCAAAUCCCUCCGAGACGGAUUCAGAGCGCAAGGAUGAGCUCAGUGAUUGGUCGCUGGCCGGAGAGGACCUGGACGGGGAGAGGGAGAGAGGCCCUCGACCAAUGAGAGACGGGCGCAGGAGGCCAGGACCCGGCAGAGGCCGAGGAGGCCCUGGAGGAAGAGGUAGAGGAGGAAGAGGAGGCUACGGCUACAGCUCUGGGUCCAGGGACCAUGAGAACAACCCCCCCUAUGGAGCCUUGGAGACAAACACGGAGACGGACCAGACGGCCGAUACCGACGCCAGCGAGUCCAACCUGCCUGCCAACCGCCGCCGAAGGUCCCGGCGACGCCGAACGGACGAGGACGCCACGCUGAUCGACGGCAUGAGCGAGUCUGACAACGCCUCUGUGAGCGAGAACGGCAUAGAUUUGUCAGAAGCAAAGCCUCAGCGUCGCAAUCGUAGCCGCCGCCGCCGCAUGCGCCUGCCCGAGGAGCGGCAGCCAGUGACCGUGGCCGACUACAUAUCCAGGGCUGAAUCUCAGAGCAGACAGAUGUCUACCAAGGAGACCAAGAAAAGCAAGGAAGUGGGUCAGGUGGACGCCAUCGCCGAACACGCCCCCCAGCCGGCCCCGCCCACCGCCAACGGCUCCAACAACGAGGUGUCCGACGGCGCCGGAGACGGCGGCGCACAAUCUCCCGACUCGUCCGCCGAGAAGCUCCCCAGCAACUCCAAAGCCGACGCCCAACCCGUGGCGAACGGGCUGUCCUAGUCAGAGCCGAGCAAACGUUUCGAAUAUUUGACCGCGUCUCUCUUUUUUUUUUUUUUUUUUUUUUUUUUGGGCGACAUUUGAUUGAAUCUCCAUAUCCGCGUAGAGGCAUCAAAUGGUAAUCCUAACAUUUAAACACAAGCACUGCUCCGUUUUCUUUUUUUUUUUCUACUCAACAAAUGUUUGAAACCUGCAGCCCACGUUUUAGAGCUCCCUCCCCUUUAUUUGUGUUCAUUUCCUUACCGUUUUCAUUUCUCACUAUAGUUCUUCCAGUAUGAGCUUGCCAAAGAUAGUCAAACACACACACACACACACACACACGUGAGCUGUACUUUUACUCCUCUCUUUACUCAGAGCUUGACGAGAGGCCGGACUAAACACAGUAUUUACGUAAAGCGGACAGGGAUCCCAAUCACAGCCGUACUGUGGUGUGAAUGCAGCAGUUUUUUAAUGGUUGGAAAUAUCGUAGCAGGGUUUUAGUAUGAAGUCUGCUUUUUUUUUUGUCAGGUGAAUUUAGCAGAAAUGCUUUUUUUUUUUUUUUUUUGGGGGGGGGGGGGGGUAAAAGAGAUGUUCAGCGUGAUCUGCACCACGGUGCAGGAGGUUUGCUGAGAGACCCAAGUGUGACGUACUUGUGAUCAGCUGUUGUGCCUUGAGAGUAGACUCAACGUGUCGCUGCCUGGCUCUGCACUCCGUCUGAAAUCCCGCUGACGUGUCUGCGUGUCACCGACGGCCCCCCGCGCCGCCGCUCAGACCACAGGAGGUGUCUCUGCGUUAAACGUCCUCACAGAGGCUAAGUGGAGCCGCUCUGAGAGCACAGAAGGGAUUUCAGAGCCUUCUUUUAAAAUCAGGUUUGUCUGCUCUUAAUGUUGUCGGGGAGGGAUUCAGUUAUCCUUUACAUAUAUCUCCUGAGGAUUCUUUUUUUUUUUUUUUUUUUUGACUUUAGCUGCUUCCUGUUCUUUAAUAUGCAACCACUUUGAUCAUAGGAGAAAUCGUUAUGACCGCAGAUCUGGAAAAGAAACGAGAAGAGUUGUUUUGUUUUGCACUGAAGCGUCACCUUUUUCCUCUUAAAGCCGAUUGUAGUCGAGUCUGAAAAGCCGUCCCGUCGCCCGUCAGCGGCGGGUUUUUCUGGGAACACACGGCGCCGCUCUAUCUAUUUUUAGAGCUUAAAACUGUAAAAGGCCGUUUGAACAACUGGACUUCUCUGGUGCGGAGAUGUUUCAGAAAACCAACCAGGCCCGGGGCGACGGCGGCGGCGCUUUCAUGGUUCUUCCACUCUGGCUGGCUGGAAACUGGUCACGACUGUUCCUCUAAGGAAGAUUUAUUUGGAUUAUUUAUUUUUUUGAAAAGUGUACAGUAUUUAACAGAAAAAAAAACCAACAAAAAAAAAAACGACACUCUUCUUUUCUUGACACUAAAACGUGUGAUAUAUUCAGGAGUUUUCAUACAUCCAUCUACGAAUUGGACUACUGACAGUUGUGACAUCCCAAGAGUUUUCGUUGGGUCACCUACAGUAUACUGUUUGUUUUUUUUAAGGAUUGUCUGAUUGGUUGAUGUGCAAUAUGUUUUGUACGCAGGUAGUUCCUAAAUAAACUUGAUCUAUGUAGAUCUAAAACCAAA